AUGCCCGGCGCCGGGGGCAACAGGACCUACUUCCCCUUCUUCUCGGACGUGGGGAGUCAGCACAGCGUGGGCCUGCGCGCCGCCGAGUCCAUCGCGCUGGCCUCCAUCUUCCUGCUCGCGCUGGCGGGCAACGUGUGGGGCAUCUGCCUGCUGGCGCGGCGGCGGCACCGGCUCUGCGCCGCCAACUGCCUGGUGCUCAACCUCUUCUGCGCCGACCUGCUCUUCAUCAGCACCAUCCCCAUCAUCACCGUGGUGCGCUGGACCGGCUCCUGGGUGCUGGGCGACGCCGUCUGCCACCUGCUCUUCUACGCGGUGAGCCUGAGCGGCACCGUCGUCAUCCUCUCGCUGGGCGCCGUCAGCCUGGAGCGCAUGGCCAGCAUCGUGCGGCUGCGGCAGGGCGCCGCGUGCUCCCGCCGGGCGCUGGCCACCGCCGUCCUCCUCGUCUGGGGCUUCUCCGCCCUCGCCACCCUCCCGCUCUGCCUCUUCUUCACCGUGGUGCCGCUGCCCGCCGCUGGCAAGGACUUUCAGAUUUGCACCUUGCUUUGGCCCAGCUUUGAAGGAGAAAUAGUUUGGGAUGUGACCUUCGCCAUCAUUGUCUUUUUAAUACCAGGAUUAAUCAUUGUCAUCAGUUACUCCAAAAUUUUACAGAUUACAAAAGCUUCAAGAAGGAGUUUAAAUGCUGGCUUAGCCUACUCAGAAAAUCAUCAGAUUCGUGUUUCCCAGCGAGAUUACAAACUAUUUCGAGCCCUCUUUGUAUUGAUGAUCUCUUUCUUCAUCAUGUGGAGCCCAAUUAUGAUCACUAUUUUUUUAAUUUUAGUCCAGAACUACAAUCAAAAUGUGUAUAUUUUGCCAUCAGCUUUUUUCUGGAUAAUGUUAUUCACUUUUGCCAACUCUGCUGUCAAUCCAAUUUUGUAUAAUAUUGCCCAUUUCAGACACAAAUGUCGGGAAAUUCUUCUGUGCUGUACAGGGAGCCCUGUAAGGAAUGGAGCUGACACAGAAACCACUGUGAGAAGAAAUAACCAUGAACAACCUAAUUUGUCUUUCAUUUCUAGAUAA